CACAGAGAAACCCUGUCUCGAAAAACUAAAAAAAUUAAAUAAUAAUAAUUAAAAGAUAAAUAAAACUAAGAAGGAAUUUUGUCAAAAAUAUAAAGCCAUUAUUUUAAAAUUUAUUUUUAAUUUAUGUGUAUCCAUGUAUGUCUGCCAUGUAUGUGUGAGUGCCCCAGAAGACCUCUAGAACUUGAAUUACAGAUGGUUGUGAGCUAUCAUGUAGGCACUGGGAACUGAACCUGGGCCCUCUGCAAGAGCAGCCAGUGCUCUUAACUCCCCAGACUCCAAAUAUAAUACAGUUAUUCACUUUAAUUUCUAAAACAGCCCAUCCUCAAAUCAGACAGUAGCUGACUUGGACAGCUCCAGUCCAGACUAUACCAAGCGGUUUAGCAUGUUUAUGCCCUCUGAUCCAAUGGUACUACUUUGGAAUUGGAUCAAACAGCGUAUUAGGAAGUUAUUAAGUUUAUGGACAAAAUGCAUUAUUCUUUUGUUUGCCUUUUUUCAGUCUGGUUCCGGUGGUUCUGGCCUACUACCUCCCACAUCCAUAGUGUUCUGGGAAUCUGAGCCACAAAACACUUGUCCUUCGAGCCGGAUUCGAACCAGCGACCUAAGGAUAUCCAAGUUACAACCUCUACAGUCCUCCGCUCUACCAACUGAGCUAUCGAAGGAUGACUUGUAUGUGUUCUAACAAGGUCUCAAGUAGCUCAGACUGGCUUCAUAUUUCUACAUUUGUGAAUGGUUUUAAAAUUUUGAUCUUUCUGCCUCCACCUGGGAUUACCAGUAUGAGUCACCAUGCCUUAUUUUAAACAAUGCUGAAGAAAAAAAAACAGUAAACAAUCCACGAUCUUGGCAACUACGUCCUUUUUUUUUAAAGCAAUGCUUUGAAUUAUUCAGGAAAACUUACUGAUUGUUUCUAUGAUGUACACAAAUGUAAAAUAAAUACCAGAACAAUAUGUGUCAGAUGUCAUUAAUUGAUGGGUUCAUGGUGGUUUCGUUUAUAAAAUUGUUUUUCUUCUUUUUCCCAUUUUUCUGUAGUAAAUGGAAAUUCAAAACUACAUAAGGAAUUGCUGAUCUCACGAGUGACUUUGGCAGGGGAAGUUUUUGUGACUGUGCCUUUGUGCCACCUUGAAGGUAGAAUCCUGCGCCCACACAGCAGCUCCUGAGAGUGUCUCGUGGAGAGGAAGGAGGUCAGCGAUGCAGAGCUGGAGUCAUUGUGGCCCCAACCCUCUAAUUAUUCACAAAUGUAAUGAUAAAGCAGUUUUCUUUCUGGGCUCCUAUUCUUUUGCCCGCUUUGCUUCAAUUACUCUUCCAAAUGCCUCCUACUCAGCAUAAUUCAAACAAGGUAUUGUUAACAUUAGUCUUUUGCUUAAAAAACAAACAACAAAAACAAAACUCUCCACAACAACAACCAUAAAAAAGACACACACAAGAAAAAGACCAAACUCUCUUUUGUUUUGUUCAAACAACUUCUCUAUAUGUAGUUCUUGCAAGCCUCCAUCUUGCUACUUAGCCCAGGCUGGCCUUAAACUUACAAUUAUCCUGCCUCCUGAGUCCUGAGUUUCCACGGGUGAGCCACCGCACUGGGCUUAUUAUCAUUUUCAGUGUCAAAAAAACUGAAGCUACAGGAGUAGUUAACUGGUUGAUGGCCUCACGUCUCGUUUUAGUCACUCAGGCUUUCUUCUGUCUUUUUGUCCCUGUUCCCUCUAUUCAGUCCAGCUCUUCAACGCAUACAGUUCUCUUAGAGGAGGAGGAUGGAUCCGAACCACCGGGCCACCAAUCCCUAGUUCACGUCCUUGGAAAUUUUUUUUUUUCCUGAGUAAAUACACUUGGCCCCCUGGGGGCAGGCUUCCCUAACAGCACACAACCCCUUGCUUCUGCUGACUCUAACUUUGACCCUGGGGCCACAAGCAGCUUUUUCCCUUGGUUCCUCUGGCUCCCACUCCUUUUUCCUCUGUGACCUCGAAGUCGGUAGGUGCUUCUCUCUCAGCUCAGCGAGCCUCCGUGCUCGGCUUUCUGUUCCUCAAGCCCUUGGGCCCUGCCUCUCUCUUCUCUCUAGACUAGGCAGGAUUGUAGCUCACUAUCUUUGUAACUCGCAGAGAUCAUCCUCCAGAAUGUCGGGCUUACAGGUGUGAAAUACCACUUCCCUUUUUUCUCCGUCUCUCUCUCUCCUCCAUUUCAUUUCAUGUAUCCAUUUCUAGCUCCAUGGUUUUAUUUUUAUUAUCAUUUCUAAGCAUGAAUAACAAAAUAUUCUACUCAAUACGGUUUUAUUUUAUUUCUUCUCCUCCUCCUUCUUGUAAAUGUAGAGAUUCCACCAUUUCUUCUUUUAUCUGUAACUGUGCCUCACGGCUCCCUUAAGGAGACAAUGGAGGGCUGUAGGACCGAGUGUGCUGUUUUGUGCAUGCCUGACCAGACUUAGAAAAGGGUGUGGAUGGGCACUGUUGUAACAGGGGCUGAAAAUUACCCUGCGGGGGAGAUAACGAACGCUCUAGGUUGGAAAGACCUGAUGGAGAACAGGGCGCUCGCAGAGCCCAUAGUUACCCCCUUGACCGUUUAUCUCCCAGCCUGAAGCUCCUGGCAGAUUCCAUCAGCAGCCGGUUGCCCCAGCAAGGUUGGAGAUGGCAGUUUCCCCCAACCCCUGCCUCUUGGCUUGUCUGCUCACCCUCGUGGUCCUGCAGCUGCCCACACUGGAUUCAGCUCCCUUCGAUGUGACCGCACCUCAGGAGCCAGUGCUGGCCCUAGUGGGCUCAGAUGCGGAGCUGACCUGUCGCUUCUCCCCAAACGCGAGCUCGGAGCGCAUGGAGCUGCGGUGGUUUCGACAGACUAGGUCUCCAGCGGUGCUUCUUUACCGGGCUGGCCAGGAGCAGGAGGACCAGCAGAUGGCCGAGUACCGCGGGAGGGCCACGCUGGUGACCGACGGGCUCCCGGACGGCCGCGCUACACUGCGGAUCCGGGGUGUCAGGGUCUCGGACCAGGGCGAGUACCGGUGCUUUUUCAGAGACAACGACAGCUCCGAGGAGGCCGCUGCGCAUCUCCAAGUGGCUGCUCUGGGUUCCGAUCCUCACAUCACUAUGGGAGUUAAAGAGAAUGGACAGAUCCAACUGAAUUGCACCUCCUCGGGGUGGUUCCCAGAGCCAGAAGUGCAAUGGAGAACUCCCUCAGGAGACAGAAUUCCAGUCACAGCAGAGUCCAGGAAUCGUGAUGAGGAAGGCCUGUUCACUGUGGCAGCCUCAGUGAUCAUCACAGACAGCUCCAUAAAGAAUGCGUCCUGCUGCAUCCAGAAUCUCCUCCUUGGCCAGGAGAAGGAAGUAGAGAUCUCUGUACCAGCUCCGUUUGUGCCAAGACUGACUCCUUGGAUAGUAGCUGUGGCUAUUGUCACACUGGCCCUAGGAUUUCUCACCAUUGCAUCCAUAUUUUUCACUUGGAGACUAUACAAGGAAAGAGCCAGAGAGCGGAAGAGUGAAUUUGGCUCUAAAGAGAGACUUCUGGAAGAACUCAGAUGCAAAAAGACCGCGCUGCAUGAAGUUGACGUGACUCUGGAUCCAGACACAGCCCACCCUCAUCUCUUUCUGUAUGAAGAUUCAAAAUCAGUUCGCUUGGAAGAUUCGCGUCAGAUCCUGCCUGAUAGACCAGAGAGAUUUGACUCCUGGCCCUGUGUGUUAGGCCGAGAGACCUUCACUUCAGGGAGACAUUACUGGGAGGUGGAGGUGGGAGAUAGAACUGACUGGGCCAUUGGUGUGUGUAGGGAGAAUGUGGUGAAGAAAGGGUUUGAUCCCAUGACUCCUGAUAAUGGGUUCUGGGCUGUGGAGUUAUAUGGAAAUGGGUACUGGGCCCUCACCCCACUCCGGACCCCUCUCCGGUUAGCAGGACCUCCUCGCCGGGUUGGGGUUUUUCUGGACUAUGAAUCAGGAGACAUUUCCUUCUACAACAUGAGUGACGGAUCGCUUAUCUAUACUUUCCCCAGCACCUCUUUCUCUGGCCCCCUCCGCCCCUUCUUUUGCCUGUGGUCCUGCGGUAAAAAGCCCCUCACCAUCUGUCCAACUGCCAAUGGGCCUGAGAAAAUCACAGUCAUUGCUGAUGUCCAGGACACCAUUCCCCUGUCCCCGCUAGGGGAAGGCCCUGCUUCUGGAGAAGCAGAUACUCUCCAUUCUAAACUGAUACCUUUCUCACCUAGCCAAGCAGCACCUUAAUGGCUAUUCCAGCUCCACAAUUUCCUUUCCUUUGACUACUCCCUCACACUCUGAAGCUUCAGUUGCCAAUUUCCUGGAGUCCCGUUUCUACCUGGGGGGUGGUGAUUAAUUCACCCGGGAAGGUGUUGCUGCUCGUGACGGCAGGAAGAAAG